CGCGCUUCAGCACCACGGACAGCGUUCAGCACAGCUGCAGGUUCAGCACCUCGGACAGGGUCCGCGCCACCAGCUUCAGCACCUCGGAUAGCUCCCUACACCAACCAUGCCUAAAGGCUUCCUGGUUAAGAGAAGCAGGAAGACCCCGUCUAUGUCCUAUAGAGUGCGGGAUGAGGAGGAGGACUGCAGCUCAGCUUGGAUGCUUUUCGCUGUUACAGGACAGAGGCCUCCUUUACUCUGCUCCAGCGGUGGCUCCCCGCCUCCUACUAGCCCAGACACAGCUGCUCAAGCUCCGUCCUACAGUCCCCGGCCUCCCCCGGCUGGGCAAUUUGGGAAUCCCGAGUCUGUGCAGCACGCUCUGUACAGCCCGACCCGCCCAGUAAGCCGGGAGCAGCAAGAUAAGAAGUAUCUGGACCGCAACAUCAGCUUGGGCUCCCCAGUGUCAGCAGAGUCCUUCCCGACCAUGGUCACCUCUAUAGAUCAGCUGCUGUACGCCCCAUCUGAUCUCAAAAUGAGCUCCUCGGGCAGCGCUGGGCAAAACCAGGGACUAGCCUUGCUCCCCACGACUUCCUCCUCCUCGGCAAUGGGUGGCAGAAAUCCCAACAAGAGGCCAGCGGAACUUGUCAGCAAAGCCAACACCAGCAACCAAAGCCCUAGCCACAAUCCGCAGGGUUCCAGCCACAAUCCGCAGGGUUCAAGGUCGCAUCCUCAAGGUUCCACCCCCCCAGCCUCAUUACAGCAGCUCCCCUCCUUAUCCAGUAAGCCCCCCGCUGCCAAGAAAACCAAAGCCAUCCGCAAGUUGACUUUUGAAGAUGAAGUGACCACUUCUCCAGUGUUGGGCUUGAAGAUCAAGGAGGGCCCAGUGGAGCCGCCUCGGCCUCGCCCUCAGAACUCUGGCCACAAGCCCCUGGGCGAGUUCAUUUGCCAGCUGUGUAAGGAGGAAUACAGCGACCCGUUCUCCCUGGCUCAGCACAAGUGCUCCCGCAUUGUACGCGUAGAGUACCGCUGCCCAGAGUGUGACAAGGUGUUUAGCUGCCCUGCCAACCUGGCAUCCCACCGCCGCUGGCACAAACCAAGGCCCACACAGCCGAAGGAGGAGGCCCUAAGUGAUCGUGACACCCCCAGCCCAGAAGCCUCCGAGUCCGGCUCUGAGGACGGGCUGUAUGAGUGUCCUCAGUGCGCUAAGAAGUUCCGCCGCCAGGCCUAUCUGAGGAAGCACAUCCUGUCCCACCAACCGCCCAAGCUCUCCGAGGAGUCCAUGUUGUACCAACCUGAAGCGGACGAUCGCAGAGCUAAAAGCCCAUCUGGUCCAAUGAACCUCAGCUCCACCUCCGAGUGCCACCCGUGCCCUGUGUGUGGGGAGACAUUCCCAGGCAAAAGCAGCCAGGAGCGCCACAUUCGCCUCCUGCACUCUGCCCAGCUCUACCCAUGCAAGUACUGCCCAGCCACCUUCUAUAGCUCGCCAGGUCUCACCAGGCACAUCAAUAAGUGCCACCCGUCAGAGAACCGGCAGGUCAUCCUACUACAAGUGCCCGUGCGCCCAGCCUGCUGAGCGGCUGCCAAGGUAUCAGGACACUGAGCUUCGCCUCUGCACAUUCACUGCACAAAAUGGACAUUGGGAUGUGCGGGGACGAAGCUAUUUUAGCUGCAGAAUGCAGACUAGGAACAGCCCCAGCAGAACGAUUUAAGUGCUAUGGGCACAAUAGCACUGUGAUUAGUGGGAUAGUCUCCAACAUUGACUUGUAAAGACCUGAGAGGGCUAAUCGACUCAAGCAACUGUCAGAUGAGAACUGGAACCAAGAAGAAGCCUAAAGGGACUUAUUUUGUAUCCUUUACCACUUGCUUAUCCAUUCCCUGUUGAUUGUAGUGGGUUGUACUUUUAGAGGAUUAAGUGAAAACAUCUUUAUACACGAUGUACUCAGCUUUGGAAAAGGUUAUUUUCUAAAACAAGUGAUAUUUCCAAAGCUCUGUAUAUCCCUAAUGAAUGUUUUAUUUAGUUCUAUAAAGCUACCUGCUAUAACCAACUUUUCCUUUUCUGGGACCAAUACAGCAAUCUGCACUUUUAAUUUACACUUGUGUUCUCGCAGUUUGGACCCCUUACAAAAGGUUAACUAAAAGACAAACUGUUAAACACUACCAAAAAGUGUUAAAUGGUAGAGAAUAAAGCCCCUGUCCAGGCUUGAAAGCUGUUGGUUGCAACUAUGAAUACCAGCGGUGCCACCUUUUGGAAUGCUCUCUGGAUGACCAAGCCCACAUAACACAAUAUUAUAGCCAACUCUAUAGAGUCUAAUACCAACUUUGCCUGAUUACUAUGGACUGCUGCCAAAUAAUGGCCACUUUACAAAAGGUAAAGACCCCCUUUAUUGCGGCCAAGAUAUGUCUGACAAAUAACUGUGCCUUUCCUGAUGCAACCAAUGUCGUCUCAAGAGACCUGGAACCUGCUGUUUGCAGAUCUGACAUUCUCUUUCUGCCAAAUCAACAGACACACACACAGCAGCAGCCAUAGGUCAAAGUGCAUUACAAAUGUGGUUAUUGUGCUUUAAUACAAGACAGCAUCAACUUGUUUAACCCUUUGGCUGCCAGAGAGUAGUGCAGCACUGCUUUUAUGCACUCUCUGUCAGACAAGCGGGUUAACAAAGGGGAGAGAGCACUUUUGGUUGAAGUUUUUUGUGUUUUUUUCUAUAUGUACUUACUGUUGUGCCCCAUUUGCUAAGAUGGACAAUAUUCUAUAAAUCCGUGUCUGGUAUCAGCCCUUGUCACAAUACAUCAUGCUACUAGCAGCAACAUAGCAAUAAUUAAAGCCAGAGUGGAAUGUAACAGAAUAACAGAUAAUCUCACCAAGAUUUCAGCACUAUUAAGUGGAAACUGUAUUACUUAAACCGUUUAACCCAACUAUAAAGUAUCUGCUUUAACUAAAGCUUUCGGUUGCUGCUACAGUGUGAUUGUAAAGGGAUUCCUAUCAUGUUAAAAAAAAAACAUUUUGCUUGGUACCAUGUCAAGUUUGUAUUUUUUGUAUCCAAAAUGUUUUCUUUGUAGUAGUCAAACCUCUUAUUGUGGCCUCUCUCAGAACUGUUGGUGAUGCAGACAUGUGCAAGUGUUGUCUUCUUACGUAUUUUCUCUGUAUUCUUGCUCGUUCAAUGACAAGUCAGGGGCAGGGUCUGAAGACAUCUGUUCCCUUGUCUUUUUGUUAUAGGUUUUAAAAGAAAACUAUUCCAAACCACUUUUGCCAACCCCCAUCAUGUAUCUGUUCUCAUUAACCUAUGAGAUGCUAGAAAGCCCAUACAGUUAGAUGCUUUUGUAGCUACUGAAGAUACUAUAGCAGCAUAAGGGGUUAAUUACACAACUUUUGUCUUUUGUACUUUUCGCUCCUAUCUCCUUUUAACCCUUUGUCUGCUAGAAUUCCAGUCAAUGGGUGAAAGGUGAUUUAUAGCCUAUGGUCUAACGUUUUUAGUUACUAUUAAAUAUACUGCCUUGAUGAUUCACAGCCCUUACAUGUGAUUAAACCACAAUUAGCUUUAUUAUGGGUUGUGAGCCACUGGAUUCUGUCUUUAAAUAUUUUGUGUGAACAAAAUCAAAUUGCUUUGGGGGAGGGUGAAAAUAUUUCUUUAGUCUUAGCCACAAAUGCCUUGAAGUCGUUGUCUUUUAAACUCUGGAGUAUGCUGUAGAAAAAAACCUGCCUUUUAUACCACAUCCACUGCCUGUAGAGGCCACCAAAUGUACUCCUCUGCGACAGGGAAUAUUUGACCUAAAAUGUUAAUUAUCAUUUUUUUUUUUUUUUAAUUUUGUGUUCUUGUUUCCAAAUAUGUUCUGUUUUGAAUCAGAGAUGUGCGUUUACUAUCCAAAUGUAUAUGUUAAUUUUAUGAUUAAUUAUGCUAUUUAUUCAUUUAUUUAUUUAUAUGAAUUAUGAAGAUAUAACUAUUAUUUGAUCACUGUUAUGUAACUGUCUUAAUUGACAUGACAUUUCACUGUGGAAUUUAGCCUUUUUUUUUUUUUUCCGACAAACUUCUGAAAAGUUUGUAACUUUUAUACAUUCCUAAAUGAAUUACGAUUUCCAUUUACUGUGCUUUAAAGGGCAGACGGCUCGUAAAAUUAUAGCUCUUACGUCUAGAAGCAAUCUCUUUUCUACACACAUUAUUUUCUUAACUGUUAGCUAUUUAUAGAAUGCUUAAAUAGAACUGUUUCGACUGUGUUACAAUUUGCUAUUCAAAUUAAAUAUUUUCAAAUUCAAAUCCA